CCAUCCUCUCCUCUCAAAAAUUUCAAUCCCCUUCUCUCCCUCUCCCUCUUCUUCUCCCUCUCUCUGAGUUAAGAGCUUCACUAAUCUUGAUUAGAUUCAUAUAGUUUCAUUCAGACAGGCAUGAAGAACCCACAGUCAAGCUUGCCACCAGGUUUUAGAUUCCACCCAACAGAUGAGGAGCUCAUCCUCCAUUACCUUAAAAAGAAGAUAGCAUCCAAACACUUUCCUGUUUCCAUCAUUGCAGAUGUUGAUAUCUACAAGUUUGAUCCAUGGGACUUACCAGCUAAGGCUGUGUUUGGAGAGAAAGAAUGGUACUUUUUUAGUCCUAGAGAUAGAAAGUACCCGAAUGGAGCUAGGCCUAACAGAGCAGCAGCUUCUGGGUAUUGGAAGGCAACUGGCACAGACAAAGUCAUAAUGGCAUCAUCAACAAUGGCUUCAGAGAACCUUGGUGUUAAGAAAGCUCUUGUCUUCUACAAGGGAAGACCUCCAAAGGGAAUCAAGACUAAUUGGAUUAUGCACGAAUAUCGCCUAGCUGAUGCCCCUGCACACAACAUCAAGCCUAUCAAGCCUAAAGAUUCAUCUUCCACAGCAAUGAGGCUUGAUGAUUGGGUUCUUUGCCGGAUCUACAAGAAAACCCAUGCUUCACCUCCAUCAGCAUCAGCAGCAGCAGCAGCUGCUAGUGAUCAUGAUCAUGAAGAAGAAGAUGAAGAAGAAGAACAAUAUGUUCAAGAAACCCUUUUACCGAGCUUGAAGAAUCCAUUAAGCAACAAAUCUCUCAUGCCCCAGAAAUCUUCUUCUUUCUCCAACUUACUGGACGCCAUGGACUACUCUAUGCUGCGAACUUUUUUGUCAGAUCAUAAUCAGUUCAAUAUUAAUCCAACUGGGUAUGAUUCAACCCCAUCAUCUCUACUCAAUGGUGCAAUACCAGAGCAAAAUUUCUUCAGCAACUGCAAUCCUCCUGCCAAUAGCAGCAGCAGCUACUUGAUUCAAAAGCUACCCCAGUUGAGUAAUCCAAUACCCAACAUAGAAAACAAGCUCAAGCGCCCAUUUUCAAGCGUUGAUGAAGAUAUGCAUCAUCACCCAUCAAAGAAACUCCUCAAUUCUUGCAGUUUCACUAACAGCACCAGCCAAACUGAUAUUGCUUAUCAUCAAUACAAUUUCCUAAACCAGCCAUUUUUGAACCAGCAAUUACUUCUGAACCCUCAUCAUCUCCAGUUCCAAGGUCAAACUUGACCAAAGCUAGGUUGCAAAAAAAAAUCCAGGAGAACAAAGAACAAAAGAAAAAAAAAAAAAAGAUAAAAUAGCGGAAUGAAAAGAAGUUCCCAUUUCUUGUGUAUAGAAUGGAUGCCUGUAUGUGAUUUUCUUGAAGCAAAAUGACAAAAUUGAACUGCUUGGAUUUGGAUAUUUGAGAAUGGGAUACCAUGUUUAUAGUCAAAAUAUGUUG